AUGGUCGAGGACAAAGCUCGCCAAGGGGCCAGCGACGCGGCGGCGGCCCGGGGGGAGCCGUGCCCCCGGCCCCCGCUGCCCCGGAGCUGCGCGCUGCUGGGCGGCGUGUCCCUCUUCUCGCUGGCGCUCAGCCUCCUGGUGCACUUUCGGAGCGCGGAGCUGCAGUCCCGCCUGGGCCGGCUGGAAGCCGAGCAGCGGCGCCCGCCCCCGCAGCAGCCCCCGCAGCCCCCCGCCUGGCUGGCCGCGCACCAAAUGGAGGAGGCUAUUUUGGGAAGAGUCAACCAGCUGCUGGAGGAGAAACUGAAACUUCAUUUGACCAGGCGACGAGAGCCCAGGGAUACAUCGUUGAGAUGUAACUGUCCCCCAGGACCCCCUGGCCCUGCAGGAAGACCUGGACUUCCGGGAGACAAAGGCGCCCUUGGGAUCCCAGGACGAGUGGGACUCAAGGGCCAACCAGGAGAGAAGGGAGCCCCAGGAGAUGCUGGAAUGUCUAUUAUUGGUCCUCGUGGUCCCCCGGGUCAGCCUGGCACAAGAGGCUUUCCUGGAUUUCCGGGCCCCAUUGGUUUAGAUGGCAAGCCGGGUUACCCUGGACCGAAGGGGGAGACGGGUCUAUCAGGUCCCAAGGGACAGCCGGGACCCCCAGGACCAAAAGGAGAAAAGGGUCAAUGUGGUGACUACCCACACCGGGAAUACCUAAGCACCACCCUGGCAGCCCUGCGCUCCAACCAGAUAAUCACCCUGAAGCUGCUGCCUCUUCUCAAUUCGGUGCGGCUAGCGCCACCCCCAGUCAUAAAAAGACGCACCUUUCAGGGAGAACAGGGACAAGCAGGCAUCCAAGGGCCCCCUGGGCCGCCUGGUCCCCCAGGACCUGCUGGACCUAUUGGACCUCUGGGUAACCCAGGAGAGCCAGGGCCUAUGGGGCCACCCGGAUUACCUGGAUCUCCUGGACCAAAGGGAGACCCCGGAAUUCAGGGAUAUCAUGGACGAAAGGGGGAGAGGGGCAUGCCCGGGAUGCCAGGAAGGCCGGGACCCAAGGGGGCUCCGGGGACAGAUGCCUUCGGGAUGAAGGGAGAACCCGGGUUUCCAGGUGAGAAAGGGAGCGCUGGCAGUCCGGGCCUGCCUGGAUUCCUGGGCCAGAAGGGAGAGAAAGGAGAUGCAGGCAAUGCCCUUGGAGGAGGCCGAGGGGAGCCGGGGCCCCCAGGGAUACCGGGGCUGCCAGGACCAAAGGGAGAAGCUGGCCCCAGUGGCCAGACUGGGUCUCCUGGAAGGCAAGGAGACAAGGGAGAAAUCGGAGCUCCUGGAGAACAGGGACCUGCUGGGCCAAAGGGUGCCAAGGGAGAGCCAGGCAAAGGAGAAAUGGUGGAUUACAAUGGAAACAUCAAUGAAGCUCUCCAGGAGAUCCGCACAUUGGCCUUGAUGGGACCUCCUGGACUCCCAGGGCAAACAGGCCCCCCAGGAGCUCCCGGUGUACCAGGACAAAAGGGGGAAAUUGGUCUGCCAGGUCCUCCAGGACAUGAUGGGGAAAAGGGACCUCGAGGAAAACCAGGAGAGAUUGGGCCCCCUGGUCCCCAAGGGCCACAAGGAAAAGAUGGACCUCCAGGGUUAAAAGGAGAAAAAGGAAAUAUGGGGACACCUGGAGAGAAAGGGGAGGCAGGACAAGUUGGCUCCCCGGGUCUUGAUGGCCCCACCGGAGAGAAAGGAGAACCAGGUGACCAUGGGAGACCAGGAGCCGCAGGAUUGCCCGGUCCAAUUGGGCUCCCAGGAUUUACAGGAGAGAAAGGAGAAGCUGGAGAGAAGGGUGACCCAGGAGCAGAGGUGUCUGGACCACCAGGGCCCCAGGGCCCCCCAGGACCUGCAGGUCUCCAAGGUGUUCCUGGACCAAAGGGGGAAGCUGGACUUGAUGGAAUGAAAGGAGAGAAGGGUGUCCAGGGAGAAAAAGGAGACCGAGGUCCAUUGGGAUUGCCUGGUACUCCAGGACCAGUUGGGGUUCCCGGCCCAGCAGGACCAAAAGGGGAGAGGGGCAGCAAAGGAGACCCUGGGAUCACAGGACCAAUGGGAGCAGCUGGGCUUCCUGGUUUGCACGGACCACCCGGUGACAAAGGAAACCGGGGGGAGAGGGGGAAGAAAGGCUCUAGGGGGCCUAAAGGGGAUAAGGGAGACCAAGGAGCGCCUGGAUUAGAUGCCCCCUGUCCAUUGGGGGAAGAUGGCUUACCAGUCCAGGGCUGCUGGAAUAAGGAGUUCUGA